UUAAAGUAUGACGUCAUUCCAGACCGGAUCCCGAACAGCAGACGAAGCGGAGAGUCGCUCACUGCGGACCGGACCGGACCGAACCCACUGUGCACAUUUAUAGCGCUUUACGGCCACAUUAUUCCCCCCAGCCAGCACGCGCACACAGAGUCAGCAGAGCAGACGGGUCACGCGCUGUGCGGAGAGAACGGGAGCGCGCGAUCUCUUGCAAAAACAAAACAUCCUGGUUAAAGGAUCUAUUAUUUAAUUAAGAAAGAGAUCAAUAUAAAUCGAGAUUAAUAGAGAGAGAAAGAGAGGGAUGGCGUCUUUGAGCGGAGGAGAGAUGUGCGUCAAAUACCUAAUGUUCGCCUUUAAUUUCGUGUUCUGGCUGGCAGGUACAGGUGUGUUAGCUGUAGGUCUCUGGCUCAGGUUUGAUUCCAGGACUAGGAACCUGGUUGAAGGUGACGACUCUCCAAGUGGCUUCUACACAGUGGUGUGUGUCCUCAUAGCCAUUGGAGGAUUGAUGAUGUUAGUCGGUUUCGGUUGCUGCGGCGCCAUUCAGGAGUCACUGUGCAUGUUGGGAUUGUUUUUCUUCUUCCUGCUGCUUAUCUUUGUUGUGGAAGUUGCCAUCGGAAUUUGGGGAUUUUCCAUCCAGAGUAAGGUUGUUGAUGAUGUGACUCAGUUCUACAAGGAAACCUACAACAAAUACAAAGAGGACAAACAGGAAGCUCUGAGAGAGACACUGCAUCUGAUCCAGUACGGGCUGAACUGCUGUGGUCCCUUCAGCUCUGAGGACAUAGACACGCUCGAGGAGACGUGUCCUAAACGUGAGGGACUGGAUGUCCUCAUCACCAAGAGUUGUCCUGAUGCUAUUGAGAAGUUCUUCACCUCUAAACUCCACAUUAUCGGAGGCGUCGGGAUCGGAAUCGGAAUCAUCAUGAUCUUGGGCAUGGUCUUCAGCAUGAUGCUGCUGUUUGCCAUCAGGAAGAGUCAGGAGAUCGUCUGAGGGCGUUGGUGUGAAACAUUGGCAUAUUCAUGUUGCAUGAUUUCUAUCCUGAAGCCCAUGCUCUCACCUGCACGUCUCGUUCCUCUGCUUGGUGGGAAAUUUCACAGUUUAGCUGUAGGACUGGUUCUUCUUCUUCUUCUUCUUCUUCUUCUUCUUCUUCUUACGGCUGCUCCCAUCAGGGGUCGCCACAGCGGAUCAUCCGUCUCCAUAAAGCUGUAGGAUUGGUUCAUUUCAUGAAUAAUGGAAGAACUGUAGAUUUAGUGGAUUUUGUGGAGCGUUUUGGAAAAGAUGUAACUGUAUAUUUUUUAUUGUUGCUGUAAUUGUGAUGUUGUUGUUGUUUGCACUCAGUUCAAUCUUCUGAUGUUGUGUUUUUAUAUAAACACAUUUAUGGCAUUUUAUUAUUAUAUACAUGUCUGAGUUUUUUCUUUACAUCUUAUCAUUCUGUGUUAUGUAUGUUAAAUGAUUUCAUUGCUCUGUAUGAAGGGGCGUCACGAUGCUCUGAAGAUACAGUACAUUUUCAGAAAUAUUCAACAAAAAACAAAGGAUAACAUUAUAAUUCUGAUUUAAUAAGAAAUAAUUAUUUUAAUAAUUUAAUUAUACCAUGUGUUUCCUCAGACACACGGACAUCAUUACAGGGAUCUUUCACAUGCACGAAUACACAAAUUCUGGAGUUUAAGGUAUAAUAUAGAGUAUGUAGGAACUCCAGUUCCAGGUUCUGUGGGGUUUUAUUAUGUUGCACACACCAGAAUUCUCUCUAUUAUUCAGGAGUGAUGUGAAGAUCAGAUCAUUUUAGUCACUUGGUUCUUUCAAUCUCAUUUAUCAAAAUGAAUUAAUAUUUUUUUGUCAUUUAUUUCAUUUUCUUUUGAUCAGAAAUAAAAUGUUACAUUUUCAGAAAGCAGAUUCAACACAAAUACAUAUACCAACUUUUACUGUAGUUUCAAUAAUGAAAAUGUGACAGUGCAUCUAAUUAUAAUAAACAGAACGAGGAGCUUCACCUCUCA